AUGUCUGAGUCUCUGCCACCGCACGGCACGCAAGGCAGCGUGUCGGUGGUGGAGCUGAAGAGGAGCUCCAUGAUGCGGAGGUUUUCCGGCUGGAUGCCGACAGCGAUCCGUGGAGACCAGAGUCCGUCUGACCGAGCGCUGAGUCUGGCUGUCAGAGAGCUGGAGGAAGACUGCUUCAUCUUCGCUCUGUGUCAGGACCACAAGCUGCGCAUGUGGUCCUUCACGGAGCAGGCGUGUGUGCUGGAGGCCGAUAUGUUGGACUACAUGCCGGCCUGUAAAGGCGUGAAGCGUAACCCUGGUAACGGCCACCGGCUGCGCCUGGCGUUCUCCCCGAACACGGGUCUGUGUCUCUGCGUCUACCUCGCCGUCCCUCAGAGGGGACAGUUCACAGUGCUGCAACUGGUCGCCGCCGGCAACCAGCGCUACAGCCUCGAACACAUCUCCUCCCUCUUCACCACACAGGAGACUCUGGUGGAUUUCUCUCUGACCCCGACAGACAUCUGGGGUGUCUGGGUGGACGAAUCCAACGCCGCCGUCGUCAAAUACAUCAACUUUGAGGAUAACUCGGCAGGUCAGUGGAACCAGGUGUUUGUUCAGCCUCCGCGCUGAAGAAGUUCACAUCCGGGCAGACCAGGACCCCAGAGAAACGUACCUGGAGGUUCUCUUCUCUCCGCUCCGCUUCACAGCUUCAGCCAUCGUUAAAGCUCUACAGGUGAGAAACUAACGCUGUAGUUAGAGCUCUACAGGUGAGAAACUAGCGGUGUAGUUAGAGCUCUACAGGUG